UUUGACAUUUCUAUAUAACCCAAUUUUUUUGUUAUUUUAAUUAAAUUCAUUUCUCCAUAAAUCUAAUUACGAAAUUUACAUUAAACAGAAAUCGCUCUAGUGAAAAAUUAAUGAUAUAAACUUUGCACCGAUGCAUUUAAAAAAAUUAACCAUCUGACGAUUUAUAAAUAAAGAUCUGUAAUGUAAGUACUUAAGUAGAAUAAUGUCUGGAAGAGUAAAUAUGAGACCUGCGAAUAAAAACACCCUUUUAAAGGUUGUUAUACUCGGCGAUGGCGGUGUGGGAAAAAGUUGUUUAAUGAAUCGCUUUGUCUCUAACCAUUUCGACGAGCACUCCUUUCAUACAAUUGGCGUCGAAUUUUUAAACAAAGAUAUAGACAUAGACAAUGAAAGUUAUACUCUUCAGAUAUGGGACACUGCAGGGCAGGAAAGGUUUAAGACUCUACGAACACCGUUUUAUAGAGGAAGCGAUAUAUGUAUAUUAACUUACGCCAUCGACGAUAAAUCUAGUUUUCGUAAUAUGAACAUGUGGAAAAAUGAAUUUUUAUAUUACGCCGAUAUUAAGGAAAACGCGUCAUUCCCAUUUAUUGUGGUCGGAAAUAAGUCUGAUGUUUCGGUGGAAGAACGCGAAGUUUCGCAAUUAGAAUUAGAGACCUGGUGUAAUGAGAAUAGUAUCGCAAGUUGUAUAGAGACGUCAGCGAAAAAUGCUAGUAAUGUACAAGAAGCUUUUAAAUUGGCCGUUCAGCAUUGGUUAAGGGCUGAAAGUAGAGCGGACAGAACAGACUGCACUUACAGUGAUACCGUUGACUUGAGCAAGAAACAAUCUGAUGGAAGAAGCUCUUGUUGUACAGGUGCUAAUGACGAUUAAUUUUUCUUAUUCCAAAGAACUUUCCCUAUUUUUGUAUUUUAUAUUUAUUUUGUUGAGUUUUAUUGUAGAACUGGAACGUUCCAGCUUUUGAUGUAAAUAAAAUAGAUUUUUAUUUACACGAUAAUUGUGCAACUAUAU